CUCACCUCUAAAAGAAGAUUGCCUUCGGACGUUCAUGAUGACCAAGUUAGUGUGUUCACAAGACGUUCACUGAGAGCAGCGGCAAUCGUAAACCAACAACACACCGAGCUGUCCGCUGUCACAAGAGAUCUCGCUACUAGCUAUCAUAGCUAAAGCACAACACGAAACAAAAGCAGAACCACAAAAGACAUAUUGAUUGACCAUGUUGAGCUUCCUCAACAACAACCACGACGACAGCAGCAACAAUGAGGCUCGCAUGGAGCCGCUGCGGAUGGAAGGCCCAGCAGCGCGGGAAGAAGAAGCAGAUGCGCGUGACAACGACGAGCAAGACGACGAGGACAGCAGUAGCGGCAGUGAUGAUGACUCUUCUACAGAAGGCAUUCCCAUGCCCCGUGUACUAGGGCCACUCGACGAAGGCCGUAUGGCGUUGGGAGCCACGGAGCGAUUGUGGGCGCGGGAAAUCAAAGCGGCCGCUGCCAAGUGUCCCGAAUUGGAGCCCCUCAGCGACUUUUGGUAUGCCCAGGUGGCCAUUGUGUCAUUCCACGAACACCACCAGAAUUUGGUAGCAGCCCGAUCGGAUUUGCCGGCGGUAUUGGAACGAUUGCACGCUUUGCAAGAUAUGCGACAAGAAUACUUCAUCCGAGAUACGGUGUCCCAUGGCGUCGAAGUCAUGUCCCGGACGGUAUGUGAUUUGCUACCGGGAUGGUUCAUGGCCUUUUCCUAUCAUGCCGAAAAGGGAGCAUACCUGCGGGUAGUGUCAUUGACCGAAUUCAACAUGUCCAUAUUUACUCAAAAUGAAAAAGUCAGGACCUGGCUGGCCGCUAUUUGGUACAUCAAUCAUGCUCAUGUUCCUGACAUGGAAGCAGCCAGACAGGGGUUUGUUCAAUAUGUGGAAUGCAAAGGCUACGAAUGGCGCAAUCAAAGUAUGUUCCAUAUCAAGGCAUUCUCUGAAGCUGCACCAUUGUUUGCACUUUACCCUCUUCUCUGUCAACAAACCGUUCACUACAACACGGGCAUGUUUGUGAAAUUAUUGGCAAGCAUGGCAAAACGACUACUGCCAAAGCACUUGACCAAGGAUUUCUUGUUUGAAUCGGGGUCCAUUGGUGAAGGUGUUACCAGGCUGGAAGAAUUGUUUGCCAUGCCAACACAAGAAGUGGCCAAUCAACGACUCGUCGCACGAUUGAAAGAUGCACUGGAACGACGAUAUCAAAACGAGGCCAAUUUUAGACUGUGA